UUCAUUCAAACGCGGCUGAGCGCGACUCGCUCAACUUUACUGUGGUGUUUUACUGGAGUUUACCGCAGAUUUACCGCGCUCGUGUGUGAAUGCAGGGACAUGGAGGCUUUUACCAUCAAGAGUCGCAUUCAGAGUCUCCUGCGCUCGCCGUCCAUCAAACUCAGAAGGAGCCGCAGCGGCCGCAUCAAAGACUGUCUGUCCAGCAAGGUGACUCUAGAGAAAGUCCUGGGCAUCACGACUGCAGGAAACAGUGGUUUAACAUGUGAUCCGUGUUCAGGAACGGUGGCCUAUCCAGCCGGGUGUGUCGUUGUGUUACUGAACCCAGCCAAAAACACACAACAGCAUCUCAUCAACUCAUCCAGGAAGAGCAUCAGCACGUUGUCGUUCUCGUCAGACGGCAGGUUUCUGGUCACUGGAGAGAGCGGUCGUCUGGCGGCGGUGUGUGUGUGGGACGUGAGCGAGGGCUCGCUGGUCUCUCAGCUGCAGGAGCACAAGUACGGCGUGUCCUGCAUGGCCUUUUCCCCCAACGGCAAAUACAUCGUGAGCGUGGGAUCGCAGCACGACAUGAGCGUCAACCUGUGGGCCUGGAAGAAGAGCGCUCUGAUAGCGGUGAAUAAGGUGUCCAGUAAGGUGACGGCCAUGUCCUUCUCAGAGGACGGCUCUUAUUUCGUCACGGCGGGGAACAGACACGUCCGCUUCUGGUAUCUGGAACCGUCUCACGCUGAUCAGCGCGCGUGUCCCGUGCCGCUGAUGGGCCGCUCAGGGCUCCUCGGGGAGCUGCAGAAUAACUUCUUCUGUGACGUGGCGUGUGGACGAGGCCUGAGGUCCGACAGCACCUUCUGCGUGACGGCGUCGGGUCUGCUGUGUGAGUUCAACAGCCGGAGGGUUCUGGACCGCUGGGUGCACCUGCAGACGGGUUCGGCGCGCUCUCUGGCGGUGACGGAGGAUCUGAUCUUCUGCGGCUGUGCGAGCGGAACGGUGCGAGUGUUCGGAGCGUCUGACCUGCGCUUCAUCAGCUCGCUGCCCCGUCCUCAUCAUCUGGGCAUCCAGGUGUCCGCCGCCACACAGACCAGGCAUCUGUUCAGCAGAACGCCAGACGCCCGUUACCCGGACUCAGUGGCGGUGACCUUUGACCCCGUGAACCACUGGCUGUCCUGUGUGUAUAAUGACCACAGUUUAUAUGUGUGGGACACGAGAGACCUGCGCAAAGUGGGCAAAGUUCUCUCAGCGCUGUAUCACUCGUCCUGUGUUUGGGAUCUUCAGAUGUUUCCUAGUAAGAGCGACGGCUCGUCUGAUCCAUUCGUCUCGUGUUCGUCUGACAGCACUGUGCGUCUCUGGAGUUCAGACGGCGUUCACGGCGGUAACGUCCUGAGUAACGAUCUUCAUCACAUCUUCUACAUGGAGCACAGCACCGCCGCCCUGCUGGACGUGGAGGGAACUGCCAUCAGUGGCUCAGGGAAAGCCGAGGGAUCGAGCGCCGACAGCAGGAGCGGCAUCAGAACCAUCUGCAUCAGUCCAGACGGGACACACCUGGCCUCCGGAGACAGAAAGGGCACACUCAGGUACAGAUGAUCAUGUGUCAAACUGUCAUGAAAAUACUCAGUGCAAAAAAAAUAUCAUUACAUAAAAAAAUGUAGUCAUUUUAUUAUUUAUUUAUUUCAUUAUUUGAGUGUGUGUUGGACAGGUGUGAAUCUGCUGGCCACUGCGAGUCGAGAUCGUCUGAUCCAUGUACUGGACGCUGAGGAAGACUACGGUCUGCUGCAGACUCUGGACGAGCACUCGUCCUCCAUCACGUCUGUCCGCUUCGCUGCCGCCGGUGACGGGACGCUGCGGAUCAUCAGCUGUGGAGCGGAUAAGAGCGUUUACAUCCGCACCGCUCACAGGACGGUCAGAGGAGCUGAAUUCAAGCGGACUCAUCAUGUGGUUCGUAAAGCGACUCCUAAUGACAUGGAUGUGGAUCCCACCUGCAAGUACGCCGCCGUGGGCUGUCAGGACCGCAGCAUCCGAGUGAUCAACAUCAGCAGCGGCAAACAGAAGAGAUCCUUCAGUGGCUCUCAGACUGAAGACGGCAGUUUGCUGAAGGUUCAGAUUGAUCCGUCGGGUCUGUUUGUGGCCUCCAGCUGCUCUGAUAAGAACAUCAAUCUGAUCGACUUCCAGACCGGAGAGAGUCUGGCCACUGUGUUUGGACACUCGGACAACAUCACGGCUCUGAGGUUCAGCAGUGACUGCAGGCGUCUGCUCUCGUCUUCAGCUGACAGCUGUAUCUUUGUGUGGCAGCUCGCUCCUGAACUCACUAUCAGUAUGAGAGAGAGACUGUCUGUGAUCAGACGCCGUGACAGGGCAUCGAGCGUCAGGAACAAUCCCUUCAGACGUUCUUCUGUGACUGGAUUCACACUGCACCGAUCCACAUCCAUCAUGACCUGCUCAUCUGAGAGCGAACGAGAGGAAGAGGAAGAUGAUGAAGACAUGAAGACAGCUGAAGAGACGGGUGCAUCUGAUGAAACGCACUGGAAUCCAGUGAAGGAGGCGUCUGUAGACUCGAGUGUGUCUGCGGUGGUGUGCCGUCCUCGCAGGCGCUGGUCCUGUCGUGUGGGAUCGCUGGAGCUCAUGGUGAAGUCCAUGCUGGAGCUGCGGCAGCUCGGUUCACUUUCUGAAGCUCCAGGCCAGAGCAGAAGCUGCGCUGAUCGAUGCAGCACCUCCAGCCUGCAGGAUUGGAGUCUCCGGCGUCCUCGAGACUCGGCCUGGCUGGUUCCCGUCGGCGCUCCUGAACCUGAGGGUGUGGUUCUGUACCCGGAUCACUGUCCCAGCACCAGCAGCCUGCCUGGACCGUCCUACCGGAUACAGGCUCUGUCUGAGACCGCCGAACACGAGGAGAGAGCAGAAGAAGCCCAGAGUCCCGUCAGCGGAGCCUCCAUGGGCUACGGCAGCGGAGGAUCCAGUCCAGACCACCGACACCACGGCUUCAUUCGUGUGGUUCUCUGUGUUGUUCAGGAUUGGAGUCUCCGGCGUCCUCGAGACUCGGCCUGGCUGGUUCCCGUCGGCGCUCCUGAACCUGAGGGUGUGGUUCUGUACCCGGAUCACUGUCCCAGCACCAGCAGCCUGCCUGGACCGUCCUACCGGAUACAGGCUCUGUCUGAGACCGCCGAACACGAGGAGAGAGCAGAAGAAGCCCAGAGUCCCGUCAGCGGAGCCUCCAUGGGCUACGGCAGCGGAGGAUCCAGUCCAGACCACCGACACCACGAUGUGGAGGCGCUGGGCUCUGAUGAUGAAUCCUGUGACGGUAGCACACGGCCGAUCUGUGAUUCUGAGAGCGUUCCGCAUCAAGACGUCUGGAGGAGAAGCUCUGAGACGCUGACGGAUGGCAACGAUGCAGGGUCUCAGAUGAGAGCUGAAGGUUUGCACAGCCAGAAGUCCUCUAGCAGAUCCAGUUCGGCAGUGAAGCCCACGGUGAGCGGCGUCAGGCCCCUAAUGGAGGACACAGGAGAGCCCUAUCGUCCAGCACAGAGGAGCCACCCGUACCUGAGCCGCGUCAGCAGGACCUCAGCUGGACUCCAGAAGUCUGCUUCAGCACACAGUCUGAGCGCCGACCGAAGGUCCCUGUCUCCAUCCCGUCUGCGGCGAGCGGCGCGUCCCGUCCUGUCUAAGCUCAGUCUGGAGAAGGUCGCCCCUCAUCAGCCGUCCUCCCCUCAGCCGUGGGACAGUCCGACCCAGAGCCGUGUCCUCCGCUCCUACAUGAGCCCCACCACCAGCUCCAUGGCCAAAACCAGCCGCUCUGCAUCCAUCGGCGACAGCCUGCAUGUGGGCAGCAGCUCCUGCGAGAGUCUGGUGCUCCCCGCGCCAUCCCUCCUCACAAACACCGUCAGACCCCGCGUGUGUCAGCGCCUGAGCAGAUCGGCUUCAUCGCAGAACCUUCUCUCUGACCCGAGCGCUUCUUCAUCCUCCUCCUCCUCCUCCAGCACAGACCCCCAGCAGACGCUGUCUCACACGCCUCGAGCGGAGGUGAAGGCUUUCUCUGUGACGUCUGACGCUCCUGAUGAUCAAGACGCGUCGGUCGGUCUGGAGCUCUGCAGGCGGGCCGCAGCUGAUCUGUGCAGCAGUGUGAGGACAGCGACGCGGCUCUACAGGACGCUGAUCUCCCAUGAUGCCGAGCGCAGUGCAGAGCAGCAGCAGAUGCAUCAGCUGAUGUCAGACGCGCUGCAGCUCGUGCGAUCGGAGCUGGAUUCAGUGUCUGGAUCGUCCGGAGCCAUGAGGAUGGAGGAGGGAAAGGAGACGCUCGCAUUACUGGAGCAAUACUCACAACUGCUGCUGCGCUCGGUGCAGAGGAGACUCCAUCAGGACGAGUAGAGCUGCAGAUCCGUGUGUGUGUGUGUGUGUGUGUGUGAGAGAGAGAGAGUGUGUGUGUGUGUGUGAGAGAGAGAGUGUGUGU